AUGUCCAUGAACACUUCCAAACAGCCAGUGUCUCCCGCAGCUGGGCUCCUUUCCAAUACAACGUGCCAGACGGGCAACCGGCUCUCUGUCUUUUUCUCCAUAAUCUUCAUGACGGUGGGGAUCUUAUCAAACAGCCUCGCCAUUGCCAUACUCAUGAAGGCCUAUCAGAGAUUCAGGCAGAAGUCCAAGGCGUCCUUUCUGCUCUUGGCUAGUGGCCUGGUAAUCACAGACUUCUUUGGCCACCUCGUCAAUGGGACAAUAGCCGUGUUCGUAUAUGCCUCCGACAAAGACUGGAUCCGCUUCGACCAGUCAAACAUCCUGUGCAGUAUUUUUGGCAUCUCCAUGGUGUUUUCUGGCCUGUGCCCCCUUUUCCUGGGCAGCGUGAUGGCCAUCGAGAGGUGCAUCGGAGUCACCAAACCGAUAUUCCAUUCUACAAAAAUCACCUCCAAGCACGUGAAAGUGAUGCUGGCCGGGGUGUGCUUGUUUGCUGUUUUUGUGGCUUUGCUGCCCAUCCUCGGGCACCGAGACUAUCAGAUUCAAGCAUCGAGGACCUGGUGUUUCUACAAAACAGAACAUAUCCAAGACUGGGAAGAUAGGUUUUACCUUCUCCUCUUUUCUUUUCUGGGGCUCUUAGCCCUCGGGGUUUCCUUCGUGUGCAAUGCCGUCACAGGAGUUACCCUCUUAAGAGUGAAGUUUAGAAGUCAGCAGCACAGACAAGGCAGGUCUCACCAUUUCGAAAUGAUCAUCCAGCUCCUUGCGAUCAUGUGCGUCUCCUGCAUCUGCUGGAGCCCGUUUCUGCUGACAAUGGCCAACAUUGGAAUAAAUGGAAAUCAUUCCAUGGAGACCUGUGAAACAACUCUCUUUGCUCUUCGAAUGGCAACGUGGAAUCAAAUUUUAGAUCCGUGGGUGUACAUUCUUCUACGGAAGGCAGUCCUUAAGAAUCUCUACAAGCUUGCCCGCCGCUGCUGUGGAGUGCAUGUCAUCAGCUUACAUAUGUGGGAACUUAGCUCCAUUAAAAAUUCCUUAAAGGUUGCUGCAAUUUCUGAGUCACCAGUUGCAGAAAAAGUAAAUCAGCAAUCACCUAGUUUAAUAGGACAGCAAGUCAGCAUAGGUAUGGGACAAAAUUAA